GCAGGGAGGAGCGCUCGCCGGAGCCCCGUCCCGCCUCCACCCCGCGCGCAGCGGAGCGCCCGGUCGCAGGUUCUCCGGGGUGUGCCGCAACGAUGGGGACGGCAGCAGGCGAUAAUGCGUACUUCCAGAGGGCCAGUCUGUUCUGGUUCACCGUCAUCACCCUCUCCUUUGGGUAUUACACGUGGGUUGUCUUCUGGCCUCAGAGUAUCCCUUAUCAGAGCCUCGGGCCUCUGGGCCUCUUCACUCAGUACUUGGUGGACCAUCAUCAUACCCUCCUGCACAAUGGGUAUUGGCUUGCCUGGCUGAUUCACUUGGGAGAGUCCUUGUACGCCAUGGUUUUGUGCAAGUCUAAAGGCAUCACGGAUGGUCGGGCUCAACUACUCUGGUUCCUACAAACUUAUCUCUUUGGAAUAGCAUCUCUCUCCAUCUUGAUAGCUUACAGACCAAAACGCCAAAAACAAACUUAAAGAAGAUAUCCAAAAGCUUUCUUUACACUUUUGACAUUCAACUUCACUGUUUUGGGGGUGGGGGAGAUGCUAGGGGAUGCUGAGUUUACUUGAUCUUUCUCCUUUCCAGAAAUUUAAGACCCUCUAGUUAUUCAUUAUUCUUUCAUACGCUCUGGUUGAGCUUGACUAGAUGAUAGGAAAGGAUUUAAGCUUCCCAGUUCUGCAGACUAACCUGUUUGGCCGAGGGCUUCCAAGCUACCUGCUUGAGGUCCUUGGCCAUGGUGGUGCUCCUUGUAUCAUCUGGUUUAAGCUGUGUACUAAAACUGCUUGUUGGUAUAACUUUGCUCCCACCUUCUGACUAAGACACCUUACCCUUACCACCCCAUCUUAGCUCUCCUUUUCCCCAAUUUUUUCCACCUUUCUGAACCAAGACAGAGUGACAUUUCCCCAACACAUCAAUUCCACGUACACUAGGCACCUGGGAAGCAGGAUCUUAUCCUCUCCGACUUCCAUUUCUCACACACCAAGAAAGAUAAGAUAAGCAAGUGCCUGGAAUGGGCCAGGCCGAGCAGUACCCUAGAGGCACAGAGGACACGCUGAGUACCUAGAGGAGAGGAUCGGGAACGUCUUCCCUGAUAGAGCCAGCCAGAAGCCAUCCUGCCCUCCCCUCAGCCCCGAGGACACAGCACUGUGGUGUGCAGGGGUCUGAUGGCCACUGCUAGAUGGCUGCUUCCGGUCAGGACCACAUCUUAGCUUGAUUUUUGUUUUCAGCACAUGUGCCAUUGCCUUGCACACAGGUGUUCUGUCAGUGUUUUCUGAACCACAGACCGAAACUGAAUUAGCUUGCCAUUCGUUCAUUAUCGUUCCAGUUGUUAUCUGGAAACUGCAGGACCCACUCAGUGUAGUCUCUUCUCAAAGAAGAGCCCAGAACUGCCCUUGACUGGUGGUACCCCCUUCCUGUGGGUCCCCUGGUAGGAAACCUGUGUCUUUUUCACACCUGCCUAUUCUUAGUCAUUUUCUCCAGACUCUGUAACAUCUCCCUCCAGCUCCAGCUUACUUAAACACAGAUGUUCCUGAGCCAGAGAUCCUAACUGGAAGCUAGUGACUACCUCUCCCAUUCACCUGACUAGACCUUUUUCCUAGUGACUGGUCAGGGCAGGAGGGUCACUGACUCUGUCCCCCGACCUUGGCAGAGUGACUGUCACCUAGGAGCCAUUAGGGCUCCUUUCUUGGAGGACCACCUAGGCAGUCCCUAGUUCUCUAGGGACUAGACCUUAUUUUCCUUCUAUGAUGCAGUAGGGCACGUUCUCUAUGUUAAGCAAACAUUUAUGGGAGAGACAGCCCCUUCGCCCCAAAAAGAGACUGCAAGUAAAAGUACAACCCUGAAAGAUUAUGGGCUAUGAAUUGUUUCUGGUGGAGAUGACUUUCUACAACUAUAUCUCAGUUUUUCCUGUUUCUCUUGUCAUGAAGGGGUUGCCUUUUAGUAGAGAAAAAAAAUUUUUUUUUUUUUUUAAAGAUUUUAUUUAUUUAUUCAUGAGAGACAGAGAGAGAGAGGC